AUGCCUUCAGGCGACUACAAAAGCAUAUAUUCGGAGCAUAUAAAGGAGCCGCUGGAAGUUCUAAGCGAAGACAUCGGCUACGUGUUAUACUCGGCGUUAGGCUCCUUUUACUUGCCCAGCUGCAUAAUGGUUUUUGUCUACAUACGAAUUUAUUUUGCUGCCAAAGCGAGAGCGAGACGCGGCAUUAAGAAGCAUCCACGUAAAACGAACAACGAACAGGUCACCAGCUUCACCACCAUCGGCAAGAAGGGCACCAUUCCAAUGCCGUCGUCGAGCGCCAUUAGCGCGCUGCAAAUGAAUCAGCAGCGUCAAAUAGCCACCAUUGAAACACCACCGAAUAGCGCCUCGCUGCCAAUGCAGAUACCCACAGUGACGUGCGAUCUCGCGUCGGACAUUUCCACAUCGGAGGCAGCCGACAUGGAGCCGCAUCCACUCGUCUAUCCGAAUGGCAACUCAAAUGUACCGUCCCCGCUCAGCAUGCUCACGCCUGGUUCACCAAACUGCACGCUGUCCGCGACGGACCGGGAAACACUGAAGGUGAGUACAAUAGCGACGAGCCGCGGCGCCCUAAAUGUGCCCGUGCCACCGUCAAUGGCCGCUGCAGCUACGUCCAAUUCACCAGCUUCCAACAAUAAUAACAAUGAUAGUGCCACGCCCAUCGGCACUGAUGGCGUGACUAGUGGGACGGCGCCAACAACAACUGCCACAGGAGCCUCCAAUGCCAUGUCCACCGGCGCGACGCUAAUGACACCGAACGCGAGUGGUGGCGCAGCGGCGGCGACAGCAGGCGCAUCACCAAAUGAGUUACGCGUCUCUCCUAUAGCAGGCCGAUGUCGCGCACUCUCGGUAGGUAUUGACACCGAUAUGGUUAGCGAAUUCGAUCCAUCCAGCUCCGAUUCGGGUGUGGUAAGUCGUUGCGCAGUGGUAAAGCCGCUGAAGUUUAGACUGUGCCAACCGAUCUUCGGACGCAAAGCGGCAAACCAAGCGCGACGAAACGAAGCAAAGGCGACUGCCACAGCGGUGGCGACAUCGAAAACAUUGAAACCCUCCGAAGUGGUAAAAGCCGAACUGGAACCGGCCAUACCAAAGGUGCAAAAACCACGCGAUCCCGAAAAGGAGAAGCGGCGCAUCGCUCGCAAAAAAGAGAAGCGUGCCACACUUAUAUUGGGUCUAAUUAUGGGCAGUUUUAUAGCCUGCUGGUUGCCGUUCUUCUUCCUCUACAUCCUGGUACCGGCCUGUGGCAGCUAUUGCGACAUACCGGAUUCGGCGUUCGCGAUCGCUUUCUGGCUGGGCUACAUGAACUCCGCCUUGAAUCCGGCCAUUUACACCAUCUUCAACAAGGACUUUAGGCGCGCCUUUCGGCGUAUACUAUUCAAGUGAUGUUUGGCCUAUGUGUGCUGUUAUCGGUGCGUUCAUGCGAGCAUUGAGAAGGCCACCGAACGUGCCAUGGGCAGCACACCCAUUGGUUAUGGCAUGUACCAUUAUAGGCGAUAGAUUUGGUUAUUUG